GUGCCGGCAAGCAGCCUCUCCGGUUGUUGGCUCCUCAGAGGAAGGGGCGGUUGGCGGGGCCUCCAUUGUUCAAGACUGUGGGAACCAUGAGGGGUGAUCGAGGCCGUGGUCGUGGAGGGCGCUUUGGCUCCAGGGGAGGACCAGGAGGAGGGUUCAGGCCAUUUGUGCCACACAUCCCAUUUGAUUUCUAUGUGUGUGAAAUGGCCUUCCCCCGAGUCAAACCUGCACCUGAUGAAACCACUUUCAGUGAGGCAUUACUGAAGAGGAAUCAGGACCUUGCUCCCAACUCUGCUGAACAGGCAUCCAUCCUUUCUUUAGUAACAAAAAUCAACAAUGUAAUUGACAACUUGAUUGUGGCUCCAGGGACCUUUGAGGUGCAAAUUGAAGAAGUCCGGCAAGUGGGAUCUUACAAGAAAGGGACAAUGACCACAGGGCAUAAUGUGGCUGAUCUGGUAGUGAUUCUGAAGAUCCUGCCAACAUUGGAAGCUGUUGCAGCUUUGGGGAACAAAGUGGUGGAAAGUCUUAGAGCACAGGAUCCUGCAGAAGUUUUGACUAUGCUGACCAAUGAAACUGGCUUUGAGAUCAGCUCUGCCGAUGCCACAGUCAAGAUUCUCAUUACAACAGUGCCACCUAAUCUUCGAAAACUGGACCCAGAACUACAUUUGGACAUCAAGGUUCUGCAAAGUGCUUUGGCAGCCAUUAGGCAUGCUCGUUGGUUUGAAGAGAAUGCUUCUCAGUCUACGGUGAAAGUUCUCAUUCGUCUACUAAAGGAUUUGAGGAUUCGGUUCCCUGGCUUUGAACCUCUCACACCUUGGAUCCUUGAUCUUUUGGGUCAUUAUGCUGUGAUGAAUAACCCUACCAGACAGCCCUUGGCCCUCAAUGUGGCUUAUAGGCGAUGCCUUCAGAUUCUGGCUGCUGGGUUGUUUCUUCCUGGUUCAGUAGGGAUUACUGACCCCUGUGAAAGUGGUAACUUCCGGGUACACACAGUCAUGACCCUGGAACAACAGGACAUGGUAUGCUAUACGGCUCAGACAUUGGUUCGUAUCCUGUCACAUGGAGGAUAUAGGAAGAUCCUUGGCCAGGAGGGUGAUGCCAGUUAUCUUGCCUCAGAAAUGUCUACUUGGGAUGGGGUGAUAGUGACACCUUCUGAAAAGGCUUAUGAAAAGCCUCCAGAAAAGAAGGAAGGUGAGGAAGAGGAAGAGAAUGCAGAGGAGCCACCUCAAGGAGAGGAAGAAGAGAGCAUGGAGACCCAAGAGUGAUUCCUUCUGAUUCUUUCUGGGCUACCAAAGGCAACAGGCAUCCUUUGUGGAGCCUGAGUGGUGGCAUGUGUGAGGUCAAGGGAAUUGUGGGACGAAAAA